AUGUCGCAGACGACCGACCCCAAUCCAACCACAGAGAGCAAUAUAAAGGAGGAGAGCCAGACACAAGAAGCCUUACAAAAUGGUCAGUCGAGGCCGAAAAGGAGCGUCUUUCAGAAGGCGUACGACGGCCUUACACAUGUACCACCUAGGUGUCGAUAUGACCCUGAGAAGCCCUUUCGAUUCUCCAUGGGAUUGAAUCUGUUGUUUGCGUUUGCUGGAUGUUUCACUGUAGCGAAUCUCUACUACAACCAUCCUAUCCUCAAUCUCCUGGCAGACGAUUUCCAUGUUACCGACGAGGAAUCCUCCUAUAUCCCAACCCUCGCACAAGCUGGGUAUGCCGGUGGACUGUUGUUCCUGUGUCCGCUGGGAGAUUUAGUCAAGAGAAGACCGUUUGUUCUUUGGCUGGUUUGGUUCACCGCCACACUGUGGAUAGGACUGUGUGUGACAAACUCCUUUGCCGCGUUCGGGGCGAUCUCCUUUCUCACCAGUGUCACGACAGUCACACCGCAAUUGAUGUUACCCCUGGUCGGAGAUAUGGCCCCUCCUCACCGUCGAGCUACUUCUAUCUCCAUUGUCGUGUCUGGUAUGCUGCUGGGGAUGCUCAUCGCUCGUCUCUUGUCGGGUAUUGUUGCCCAAUAUAUCGGAUGGCGAUACAUCUACUGGAUAUCUUUUGGGCUGCAAUAUUUCAUCCUGGUUUUGCUAUACCUUUUCAUGCCAGACUAUCCUUCCACAAACCCGGACGAGAAAAUAUGGAAGAAGUAUCCCUUCCUGUUGUGGGACAUUGUGAAGCUUGUGUUGAAACAGCCCGUCCUGGUACAGGCAUGUUUGGUUGGCAUGUUUACAUCCACGACAUUCACGAGUUACUGGACAACAUUGACCUUCCUUCUGGCUGGACCGCCUUAUCACUACAACUCUCUCGUUAUUGGCCUCUUUGCUUUGAUUGGUAUAGGGAGUAUGACCUGGGGUCCCAUCUUUGCUCGAACAGUCAUGGAAAAACACCAACCACUGUUUUCUAUUAUUGUGGGAGAAUUAAUUUGUUUGGUUGGUGUUGUUGUCGGCACGUAUAUCGGGAAAUUCACCCUUGCCGGGCCCAUCAUCCAGGCGAUAGGCAUUGACAUUGGAUUGCAAACUAGCCAAAUCGCCAACCGGACGGCGAUUUAUGGAGUCGCGCCGAAAGCGCGAAACCGGGUCAACACAGCCUAUAUGGUCAGCGUGUUCGUCGGACAACUGAUUGGGACUGCCGUGGGCAAUUCUCUCUAUGCAGAUGGCGGCUGGAUUGCCUCGGGAUCUGCAAGUGUUGGCUUUGUUUCUGUAGCUCUACUCAUUUGUUUCUCGCGAGGACCCCAUGAACGUGGCUGGAUCGGCUGGCGAGGCGGAUGGAACAUGCGAAAAGGGGUUCCGACAAAGAGCCCAAACACCGGCCAAGAAGUCGUGCAUGUUCAAGAACAGACUGAGCCAUCUGUCGAAGAGACAUCCGAGGAAUUAUAUCAACAGAAGAAAGAUCUGGAAAUGUCAGUUCAGAACGAAAAGCAUGUUGUCGAUUAUAGCUCCCGGUCGUCACAGGGGACGCUUCACGAGGAAAAUCGACCUCCGAAACAAAAAGGGUGA